AUGACUACAACACACAUUGGCCCACUCUAUUUUGGUCGGUUGCUCAUUGGUCUAGGCAACGGAGGUCUCAUGACGUUCUCUCAGCUUUACUUACAGGAGAGCAGUCCAGCAAAAUAUCGCGGACUGUUCCUCACUGUUUUCCAAUUUUGCGUAACGCUCGGUACUCUGCUUGGCACGAUCAUAGACUGGGCAACUGCGCAGCGUCCUGAUAGAUCAGCCUACUUGAUCCCUUUGGCAACUAUUUACGUGAUUCCCGUCUGCUUAGGCGUCGGUCUUUUCUUCGUACCUGAGUCACCGCGUUGGCUGGUAUUAGACGGCCGUGUUGAUGAAGGCCGCAAAGCUCUCAAAUGGUUGAGGCCCGCUGAUGCAAAUAUUGAAGAUGAAGUAACCGAGAUUCGGACAUCGAUCCAAGAACAACUCGAGCUGACAAAGACCGUCACGUUUUGGGACAUGUUCACAAAUGCAGUAGAUCGGAGACGCACAGUUAUCUCCAUCGGCGCUGUGUCUUUGCAGGCCGCGUCAGGGUCUAUGUUCAUCAUUGCGUAUAAAGCAUACUUUUUCUCAGUCGCGCGAGUUGAACACCCCUUCGCGAUGACGAACGUGUUGUCUACAGCCGCUCUUCUGGCCAUCAUUGCAAACGCUUUCAUAGUCGUUCGCUAUGGUCGUCGCCGAAUCAUGCUUAUCAACGGUCUUGUGAUAUGCGGCUGCUUGCAACUCACCAUGGCUGUGGCCUAUGAUAAACAACCACACACCAUAACUGCCGGGAAGGUACUCGUUGCAAUGUCAUGUAUUUUCAUGAUAGCUUUCAACGGAAUGGUUGCACCCUACUCCUGGAUGGUCGCUGGAGAGGCCCCGUCACAACGACUUCGCAGCUACACCUUUGGAGUUGCCUCGGCAUGCGGUUAUCUACUUGCCUGGAUUGUGACGUUCACUACGCCGUAUUUCAUUAAUCCUAGUGCACUCGAUUGGGGCCCGAGAUAUGGCUAUAUUUGGUUCCCAUCUUGCAUCGUUUCAGCUGUAUGGACCUACUUCUUCGUCCCUGAACUUAAGGGACGGACCCUAGAAGAGAUCAACACGAUGUUCACCAAUCAAUUACCGGCAAGAAAUUUCGGCGCUACGAAGCUCCCAGCAGCAGCCAAUUGA